AUGCAUGGGAUAUUUCAAAUCCAACAUUAUCCCCUGCAAGACUAUCUUCUGCUGACUGAUUUACUCAGGUGCUGCCUCAGAAGACAAGGUUUAACCAAUCCUUCAUCCAGCACAAUGCAGUUCACCUACACUGCCAUCGCCCUCGCUCUAGCUACCACCAUCUCGGCCCAGAGCAGCUACCUCAUCAUGAGCUGCAAUACCAGCCCCAUCCCCUGCCAGAAUGUCGGUAUCCCCUGCAACAAUGAAAACACUCCCUGGGCCUGUCCUGUCAGUGGUGACAAGGUGGAGCUCUUCUCAAACAGCUGCCGCAACAUCAAUGGCUAUCCUGAGGUUCGCGGAUCCGGCUUCACUUUGAGUGACGCCCAACAGACAGCUGGAUGCAAGGCUUAA